CAGCCCGAUGGACAGAUGCCAUCAGAUAAAACUAUAGGAGGCGGCGAUGACAGCUUUAACACAUUUUUCAGCGAAACCGGCGCUGGGAAGCACGUACCCCGUGCUGUAUUUGUUGACUUAGAACCGACUGUUGUUGAUGAGGUGCGUACAGGCACCUACAGGCAGCUCUUCCAUCCAGAGCAGUUGAUUACAGGCAAGGAAGAUGCUGCAAACAACUAUGCCCGUGGUCAUUACACAAUUGGAAAGGAAAUAGUGGACCUUGUACUGGACCGCAUUCGCAAGCUUGCUGACCAAUGUACUGGGCUUCAAGGAUUCUUGAUCUUUCACUGCUUUGGAGGUGGCACUGGUUCAGGCUUUACUUCACUCUUGAUGGAACGUCUGUCUGUGGAUUAUGGCAAAAAGAGCAAACUGGAAUUUGCAAUUUACCCAGCUCCUCAGGUAUCAACAGCAGUUGUAGAGCCGUACAAUUCCAUCCUAACCACUCACACCACCUUGGAACAUUCAGACUGUGCUUUCAUGAGCGAUAAUGAAGCUAUCUACGACAUUUGCCGCCGUAACUUAGACAUUGAACGCCCAACGUACACCAAUCUGAACAGGCUAAUUGGCCAGAUUGUAUCCUCAAUCACGGCAUCCCUUCGCUUUGAUGGAGCUCUUAAUGUGGAUCUGACAGAAUUCCAGACCAACUUGGUGCCCUACCCUCGUAUCCAUUUCCCACUUGUUACUUAUGCCCCUGUCAUAUCAGCAGAGAAGGCUUACCAUGAACAACUGUCUGUGGCAGAAAUAACAAACGCCUGUUUUGAACCUGCCAACCAGAUGGUGAAAUGUGAUCCUAGGCAUGGAAAGUACAUGGCAUGCUGUAUGCUAUACAGAGGAGAUGUAGUGCCGAAGGAUGUAAACGCUGCCAUUGCAACUAUUAAGACAAAGCGAACCAUUCAGUUUGUGGAUUGGUGUCCAACUGGAUUCAAGGUGGGGAUAAACUACCAGCCUCCUACUGUGGUACCUGGUGGUGAUCUUGCGAAGGUACAGCGUGCUGUUUGUAUGUUGUCAAAUACAACUGCAAUUGCAGAGGCCUGGGCUCGCCUUGACCACAAGUUUGAUUUGAUGUAUGCCAAGAGAGCUUUUGUUCACUGGUACGUCGGUGAGGGUAUGGAGGAAGGAGAGUUCUCAGAAGCUCGUGAAGAUCUGGCUGCCCUUGAAAAGGACUACGAAGAAGUCGGUAUGGACUCUAUUGAAGGAGAAGGCGAAGGAGGAGAAGAGUACUAA